AUGGAAUUGUCGCCUAUUGACUCAGUUUAUCUUAUUGCAACUAUAUAUGUACAUACAUACAUGCAUAAUAUUGUGUAUAGUGAUAAAAUGGGAAGAGUUUUUGAAGAGAUAAUGAAUGAAGUGUACGAGGGAUGGGGGUUUGGAGUGAUGCUUCUACUUGUCUCAAUUUCAGUCAUGUCUAUGCUCUUGUUUGCUUGUGCCGAUGGCGAUGACAACAAGAGCACAAGGUAUACCGGAGGCAGAGGCGGAGGCGGAGGCGAAGGCGCAGCCGCAGUCGCAGCCGCACGCAGAGGCAGAGGCGUAGACGCAGGCGGAGGCGGAGGCGGAGACAGAGACGGAGACGGAGACGUAGGUGGAGGCGCAGCCGCACCCGCCGCCGCGGGAGACGUAGGUGGAUGCGCAGCCGCACCCGCAGCCACACCAGACGUAGGUGGAGGUGCAGCCUCAGCCGCAGCUGCGGGAUUUGGAGGAGGCGGAGGCGGUGGCGGUGGCGGGGGAUUUGGUUUCUAG